CAACCGUAUGGGCUUUUAUACAAGGGUUCUAACUUCUAAAGCGGGCUCACGUGCUCUCUAAGGAGCACAUAACGUGCUCUAUAAAAUUUCUGGUAUUUACAUGGCAGCCGAAGAUGCCAGAUAUGUCCGAUUUCUUCCACAAUCCAGCCCACAGGACAUGACAACGGAGAAGAACUUCAGCUGCCCUUCCAAAUUCUAGGCGGCGAUUUGGCGUGAAUGAGGCAAAACAUCGGGCGAUCAACUGGUAGAAGUGUAGCAUCUGCGGCCGCAUAAAUGAAGGGCCACAUACCCCCGGUCAACCUUUGACCCGACAAGACGGUGGCGACCAAGGAAGAGUAGGAAGGCGGCGAGAUGAGUGGAGGACUGUCUCUAGGCUUUGGCUCUGCCGCUGAAAACGAGACAUCAGCUUCGAUCGCUUCAUCACUACUGCCUAACUAGAAGGAGACCUGCAACUGCCCAAAUGUGAUCUGUCAACAUGAAAGGUAUGCAAUGGAUGCGCAGAUCCAAACCUAGACAUGCAGCGUCAUCAGAAGAAUGAGAACAACUAACUGUGUACUGAGCUUAAAGGUCGAUGAAGGCGGUUUAGCAAACGGAAAUUUCAGUUUUGGUGCACGGAGGAUUGUGACCAGACCCUAGCUGCAGCGAGAUCGUCAGACCGAUGUUUCAUCAACUCCGGUGAGCGAGAUACAACUCUAAUUUUCAAACGGAGAUAAGAAACGAGACUCGCCCCAAACCCAGGUAAGGAACAAUCACUUCAUUUCGCCACGAGCUCGUUCCCACGCUGCCCGGCUCGUCGCGAAAUGGCGAAACUCCGGACAGCGAUUGACUCGGCAUUUUGGGAUCUCAACGUCUCUACUGCUCGAACCCUAGAUGGUACAGCCAGGUCCAUUCCGGGCGAGCCCAUGCCAAUGAACGGUGGUAGAACCAAUCAAGCUCUCCGAGUACAACAGCUCUCUCUUAUAGGAAAUGGGUUCCCUCUAGGUCUCGUCCCUUCUUUCUCUCCUCCGUCUAGGAAAGAAUUGGGCUCUUUUGCUCUCCAGUCUCUCUUUCUCAGAGCUGCCAUUUCAAAUUGGUGGGUUGGAUUAGUGGGACAAGUUCGUCCAAAGAAGCUGAUAUCUAAACUCAAAGAAGAAAUAAAUGCCAUCAGAGAAGAAAUAGGUCCGAAAAUCGAGUGGGUGGAUUUGGAACUGUCAACAUUCAAAGGUCUGCCUAAGUGUUUUAUUGACAAAUCAUUUUAUUGGCUUGGUGCAUGCUCACACCUUUCUCUGACGGAUUCGUCUUCCGUAUUAUUAAACAUGGAGAAGCCGGGUGAGAGGGAGGGGCAACGCUUGAAGGCAAUGUUCAUGCAUAAGCUUUCAGACCAUGACAUUACAUUGGAAACUGCUUGGCCUGAGCGAUUCAUAGAUCACAAAGGAAGAUACUGGGAUGUUCCAGAGUCUAUAUCUCUUGACUGCUCAUCACACGUUUCAUCAUCCGGAUUGCGAUAUCGGUUUGGUAUACAUAAAAACAGCGGCCAACCCAUUGCAGUUGAUAACACUAAUGAUGCACCCCAUCCUGCUCUGAUGCCAGGAGUAUGUGCAAAAGCUGCUUUUUCUUAUGAGAAGCAAAAAGAAAUUUGGAGGGAAAAAGAAGAACAGAAAGAUCGCUUCAUAAUGAGAAAUGAGCAGUUGUAUUUCAGGCCUGCUUAUGAUUUUCAUCUUAAGGAGCCCCAUGCAACAAUAUCUGGAAUCAUUGGUGGAACUUGUGCUGCAUGGGUUGGUGGUGGAAAUAACACUUAUCUAGGCUCUUCUAGGAGCAGUUUCAGUGCUGACUUGUUUGCCUCAGCUGGCUAUACUUUCCAGCAUGGAAAAUUCAGAAAUUUAUUUAAUGAUCUCACCAGAGUAGAUGCUCGUUUAGACAUACGUUCUGCAGCAGCAUUGGCCAAACAGGUUUCUAAACUUUUCACGGGUGCUACCAGUGACAGUGCAAAAGAUGGACUGUAUUCCCCCAGGCUGAACUUGAUCUUACAACAGCAGGUGAUUGGACCAGUUGUGUUCCGCAUUGACUCGAGGUAUUGUAUUUCAUCAUCUGGGAUACCUUUGCCAAGAUUAGAAGAUUAUGUUCUUAGCUUGGACUACUCCCUUAGAGUACUGCAUUCUGGGAAAGUGGUGGCAUGGUAUUCUCCCAGGAGAAAUGAGGCUAUGCUCGAAUUGCGUGUGUUUGAGUUCUAAAAUCCACUUCCUGUUAUUAUUAGCUACAACCAGCCCCUCCUAUUUUUAUGCAAACAAUAGACUGACAGACUUCUUUUAAUCGCAAUGAAUAUGCUCACAUAUUUUUGUUUUCUUUACCACAUAUAAGUGGGUUUUGGACUUUGGUCGAUGGUCUUGACAAUGAGAUAUACAAACCUUUUGGAUAUAUUAUAUAUAAAUGAGGAAUUCUAUUCACACUCCCAAAAUUACUAAUCACAGCCACAUAAUUACAAUUAAAUAAAUUUUUCUUUUUUAAUAUAGUACCCCCAUACGUUCAAGAAGGAGCCUCCACUUGUUCUGACUGAAAGCUAUCUGAUCUGGCAACAGACGGCCAUUUCUUCUUCUAUGAUGAGUAGAUCGAAUUGAGGGUCACACUUGACUUUGCUUCUUUACUGGAGAAUCUCGAAUCCAGAGUUUUGCUGGAAAAUUGAGCAAACAUCACUUGCAUACUCGAGAGCAUGAAGUGCGGAGGAGCCAGCGAAAGAGCACGAGAUGCCAAAAGAGGAAAUAAGGAACUUUUCGUCACUAGCGGGCGUAGAAGAGAUACGGCGUAGGUGAUCGAAAUCCAUGCUCCGGUUUAUAUGGAAAUUGCUACAGAUGCGCAAGAACCAUACUCACUGAUUCUCAUCAUCCAAGAGUCUCCUCAUGUAUUCAAUGAUCCCUCGCUGCCUGAACAUCAGAACAUGUGGCUGUCUGGUAUUCGAAGUAGUUCUGCCAGAGAUUGAAAUGUCUGUAACAGUCUGUUCCGCCAAGGCGCCAACCUUCAAAUGCACCCUUUGAAAGUGAAGAAGAUGAGUCAGGGGAUUAGGGAGAAUACAAGUCCACGGUGAUGGGUCAAAAUUAAGGGCAAAUUAGCUAGUUUAAAUAUUUUUAUUUAUUAAAUUAAUUAUGGCG